UACUGGAUUCGUAGUUUUGUAUUGCAGCUGAUGGCGAGGGAGCAAUUAAUUCAUGACGGCUGGCUUUUCGGUCUGCAGGUUGAGAGGCUAUGUCGAAAGGAUACGCCGAAACAGCGGUUUGUGCGUCGUCUUCUUGUGAAAACCUGAAGGAUUUCCUGAUGCAGGCAUUGUGUGCACACAAAGCAUUACCGUCCGCUAAAUGCUUUGUCCCAACCGGCCUCCGCUGGUAUUAUUAGAAACGGCCUCGCACGCCAUGGCUGGAGUUUCUAUUCUGUCAUGCCACGGGAGGAGGUUGGUGUGGUGCCAAACCUCUCUAGUCUAUUGGCAUUCCUCCUCAGCUCGGCUGUGUCUUUGCUGACCCGUUCCGUUUAGCUAAAAAUAUCUGAAAUGGACACUUGAACGCAAAGAAACCCCUCACGCUUCCAACGUAAUCUUGUGGAGCUCCCUCUGCUCCUUUGUCCACCUCCCCUGCAAAUGAAGCCCUCACGCCCAUAGCCUUCUCCUCUUUCUUCCUUUCUCUCCUCCUCCUCCUCCUCCUCCCCCGGUUCUUCGUUUCGCUUCUUGCUUGGCCUCUUGGAAGCCGAAUUGAUCUCGAUUUGUUUAUGGCUCGGGUUGGCAGAGCUCGAUGGACGAGUUCCAGCUUGAAGUAGGUCUUCUACUGCGCAAAGAAGAUAACCUGUGACUGAGAAGACUUACGUGCAUGGAGAAGGCAGCGCCGCGAAGCCCGGCUCCGGCCACCACCUUCGUGCGAACCGACGCGGCCACCUUCAAAGAGCUCGUGCAGCGGCUGACGGCCGGCCCCCAGAUCGACGACGCCCACAAGCACCACCCUGCCCCCUCCUCCUCCUCCUCUUCCCACAAGCUGAAGACGCCGGGGCUCAAGCGGCAGCACGAGCAGCGGCGGGGAGUCCCUCGGCGCAGGUUCACCGCCCUCCGGCCUCGGCCGCUCUCCCUCCCGGCCAGCCCCGCCGCCAUCUCCCCUGCCAUGAGCCCCGUGGUGGCGUCUCCUUCGACCAGCUUCGCCAGGCUUCACAUACGCGAGGAGGGAGGCAACAAGGUGCAGGUGGAUCCGAACGAGGAGGAGGAGAAGGCUAUCAAGGAGAGGAGGUUUUACUUGCACCCCUCGCCGCGGCCGCGUAACGCCGAGGCGCCGGAGUUGCUUCCUCUCUUUCCGUUGUCUUCUUCCUCCCAGCCCAGUGACCAACCCUGAUUGCAUGAGGCUUAUUGCUGUAGCAUUAUUCAUUGUUAAUGCCCAUCCAGUUCUUAUACCCAA